AUGGUGUACCUUCCCAAGUUUGCAGCACUAAAAUCUAAGUACAACAACAAGUACUUACGCUAUGUGAAUGAAAAAUCUUCACCAGUCCGUACAUUUCUACAAUACUCAGGAGACGAAAUUCUUACGCCGUUUACGAAGUUCGAGUUUGAAAAAGCUCAUUCUGAUCCAUCUUCGUACCAUAUAAAAUGUUGUUACAACAACAAAUAUUUGGUUAGUGCUUCUUCUUCAGAUCAUCAUUAUAUUGUUGCAGGAGCUGAUCAAAAACAAGAAGACAAAUCCAAAUGGACAUGCACUUUGUUUCGUCCAACCUAUGACAACUAUCAUCAAUCAUUUCGAUUCUCUCAUGUGUAUCUUGGUUCUCAUGUUGUGUUGUGGAGAUUCCAUGCUCCUUAUGGAGAAUGCUUGCGAGCACAAUCAUCAUAUCAUACUAAAGAUCAUCCUUGUGAUCUCAACAUGGUUAUUAACAUGGAGUCUUUGAUUGCAUUACCAAAAUUUCUUGCUUUUACAGGUGACAAUGGUCUUUAUCUUCGUGAAAUCAAGAGGGGCAGUAAUAAUGUUCCAUACUUGCAAUUUGGAUCAAGCUCUGUUGAUGAUUCCACCAUUCGAAUGGAUCCCAAUGUUGUUGCUCUACGUAACUUGGGCAAUGGAAACUUUGUGAAAAGAUACAGCUCUGGGAACGACCAAAAUUUUCUAUUUGCUGAAAGAAAUGAAAUUGAUGCAUUUGCACAUUUACGGAUGACCGAGCUCGUUCGUUCACGAGAAAUCUUCGAUGUCGCGUUUCAUCUCUCUGAUGCGAAGAUUCAUAAUCAAAGUGUUGUGGCGUUAGCAACUAAAUCAGCUACAAAUGGGACAGGAAAACCCACCAAUGUAAAACUAAAUAUCCCAUAUACAAACACUUCAUAUUGUACAUGGACUUCUAUAAUCUCAACAAAACAAGUAGAAGUGAAGACAGUAAUCAAAUCAGAAGUUCCUUUAAUUGUGGAUGGAAAAAUAUUCAGUACAGCAAGUGAUUAUUUUGGUGAAUACAAAUGGGGAGAAACUAUAUCAGAAUCAGAAAAUACAAAUGGAAUAACACAUGAGGCAACUGUACCACCAAUGAGCAAUAUUAUUGGUACUUUGUAUGCAACUAAGGGAUCAUUUGACAUUCCCUUUUCAUACAAACAAUCUGAUAUCCUCUUCGCUGGGAACAAUAACAAUCCAGUUGAAUUUUCCUUAGAUGAUGGUGUUUAUCAUGGCACCAACUACUACAACUUCCAAUAUGACAUUAAAAUUGUACCAAUUAGUACUUCCAUAUAA